AUGUUGGCCCGUAAUGUUCGUGUCGAUAUGGGCUUGGACACGGGCAUUCGCACCUGCGGCUGCGAGACGAGAAGGAAACGGCACGCCGUCAUUCCUGCGGUCGUGGUUACCGCUGACGACGCCACACGCCUCGCGUGCUUCUACGCGCGCUCAGCCGCCCCUCCAGACAACGGCCCUGUCAAGUUCACUGACACAUGGUUUGAGGCCUGGCGCUUGAUCUUCCCCUGUUUGCCUCACGUCAAACAGAGCCCUAGGAACAGCAGCUUUAAGUCAGACCUCGACUUACUCUCCCUCCACCCACCACCUCCAUCUUCCAUCAGGCAGCCCAAAUCUCUGGGAAUGCCUUACACGCCCCCGUCCCACCGCUCCCCCGCCUCAUCAGCUCCCUCAUCUCCCGAUGCCAGUCGCCGGUCGUCGUACAGCGGCGCCUCCGGUGCCCCGUCGAGACCGUCACUGCCGAGAUCAGCCUCGUAUCUGACCAAGCACCGGCGCACGCCCUCCGCCACCCUCCCCACGGCGUCGCCGUCGUCGCGCAAUGACUCGGCGUUGGACCUUACUCCUCCAGGGACGUCUGACAACCUGAAAGGUAUGGUCGCAAGCCACAGCACCGCACCGGUACGACAGUCGCCGCCGCCAAUCACGGAUGCUCGUUCCAUGCCGGCGGGCGCAAUCAUCUCCCCGCCGGACUCCCAAACCUCUAGCGAAGAUGAGGGGGUCGCCGGAGAGGAGACCAGAGGGCGGCAAAUCGAGAACCUGAAGGAGCUGAAGGAUGCGAUAAGCUCGAUUCCUCAACAUCGAGAAAGUUCGCCCAACCGGAAAUCAGCGGCGUCACCUGGUGACCUGAUGGUGCUGCCCAAGCAAAUUGAGCACUUGGUGGAUGCUGUCCAGGACAGUCUCAAAAUCGAUACCACUCAGACGAACCAGCGCAGGAUAUCCCACGCCCGCUCCAACACGGAGCCUAACAUCAUGGUCUCCAAGUCUGCAGAUGCCUCUGUGACAACGUCAGAUGAGUCGGAUCAAGAUGAGCCGCUACGGAAACCUCAGAUGGUACGGAAAAAGUCCGGCGAGCUGGUCAGGCCUGCGUUGCGACCUGCUGCUCACAGAAGGCCUUCCAGCAUGCCCGGAACCCCGACCUUCUCGAAAGCUGUGCACUUUGACUCGCAUCUCGAGCAUGUGCGGCACUUCCUGCAAGUAGACCGACCGUUGGCAGUCAGCGCUGGCUCUUCCCCUGCCGAUGCCUAUGAGAGCGACAAGGAAUAUCCGUUUGACGAGAAGACGGGACCAAGGUCGCCACCUUAUGAGUGGGAACUGGUGAUGAACAAUUUCCCUGGAGAAUCACUCAUCCGCAAGGCCCUCCCCGCUAGGGUGGAACGCGUCUGGAUGUCCAAUGACCAGAAGUCCUUGAUCGGAUCUAUCGCCGUGGCCAACCUGGCUUUUCAGAAGCGCGUCGUCUGCAGAUUCACUUUUGACUACUGGAAAACAACCUCGGAGGUUUCAGCAGAAUACGCCCAUGAGAUAAGACCGCGCGAAUCGGAUACGGGCCACGACCGGUUUCAGUUCACUAUCAAGCUCUCUGACCUCGCUAACCUUGAGGCAAAGACUCUGUUCUUCUGUGUGCGUUACACGGUCAAUGGCAUCGACUACUGGGACAACAACAACCACCUGAACUUCCAGGUUGACUUCCGCAAGAAGAUGUUGCCCCAGAACGGCAAGAAGAACUUUCAAGGUGCUUCAUCCCGUCCGCUGAACUCGCUUCCGCGUAGCAACAGGAGGUCCAACCCAUCAUCCGCUGCUCGCCCGAAAACUAUGCCCGCCGGCACUCUAGAUGAGUUUGGUCACGACGGCAAAUUCAUCAGCUUUGACCAGCCAAUUCACGAGUACCUCGGCGAGGUAGAGCCGACCGUCAUCCGUCUGAAGAGCUCCAAGUCGACUGGAGCUCUCCCCAGUGAUAACUUGGCCAACCGCCUCUCUGCCCCGAGUGGACUCGCCUUUGCCAACAGAUAUGAUUUCGGUGCCUCGCUCAGCGCUGCCAAACAGGCUCACAAGGAUUCCAAAGGUAGCCCUCGGAGCGACGGCCUUUACAUGAAGGCCAACAAGAAGGCUUCAUUCGCGACACCCCAAAAGGCUACGGCUGCCAUCGAGUCGGAUGUCAAUCCUAUUUCCCCCCUCUCAGCUGUUGCCACCAAGGUUCCCGGAACGGAUUCUCCAGCCUCUGCUAGCAUGGCAUCGGCAUCAUAUGAAGAGAUUGUCAACAAAUACUGCUUUUUCAACGGAUCGAAGCAGACCAGCCCCGUUAUCAGGGAUGGAACUCUGCAGGUCAACCAGUAUGAUGGUCCGGCUGAGAUGUUUCAGACGCGGGGAAGCAACAGCGCCAACUCUAGCACCAAUGGCAGUCCGAAUUUGGCUGAGAACGCACAGCACAACGCCCUACGCUAUGCUAUCCACCAAAACCUCAACCCGUAUUUUCAGAAUUCACAUAUUGCCAUCGGGGCCUCGCCGGCAGAGUCUCCUUUGAACGGACCUCAGUCUGCUAUCGCUCGCCGAGCUCUCAGCCCGCCGACAUCGGGAUCACCGUUAGGUGGCUCACCAGCACCUAUAACUGGUAACUACGGUUCUUUGGCUGGUACGUCGCCCGAGUUCGCUGUCGAUGCGUCUCCUUUCCGCGCGCAGGAUCGCUUUCCGUUUACAUCAGACGCUCAUUCUUCGACAGCAAUUAGGGGUUGA